AAAAAAAAAAAAAAGAAGCAAAACGACACCCAGUUCUUGAGCUCUGACGUUCUCCCAUGGCGUCAGGGAGUACUGGCCUCGCCGUGCAUGGCGGCGGCGAUUGCAGCGAAACGGCGUCGUUUAAGAGCUGGCCGUUGCAGGCCCAGGAGAGCUAUCAGCUGCAGCUGGCUUUGGCUCUGAGGCUUUCCUCUCAGGCUGCUUCUGCUGACGAUCCCAAUUUCUUGGACUUCAAAAUCAAAUCCCAUGAUUCGAUUUCAACCUCCGCUUCUGCUCAAUCCAUCUCUCAUCGUUUCUGGGUGAAUGGCUGUUUGUCUUACUCUGACAAAAUUCCUGAUGGGUUUUACCUCAUCCAUGGAAUGGACCCGUACGCAUGGAAUAUAAGCACUGACCAGGGUUCCUCUGGCCGAGUUCCGUCUUUGGAAUCACUGAAGGACAUUGACCCUCAUAAUGAUUCGUCUGUUAAUGUGGUUCUGAUAGAUAAAUUGAGAGAUCCGGGUUUAAAGGAGCUACAACAUUGGGUCCUUUGUCUUUCUAGUAGUUGGCUCACCACAGUAGAUGUGAUUCAACAGCUCGCAACUCUUGUCUGCACUCAAAUGGGGGGUGAGGCUUCCACGGAAGAGGAGUUGGCUACACAGUGGAAUGACUGCACUAAGGCUCUGAGAGACUGCAUAGGCUCCAUUGUAAUUCCAAUUGGGUACUUGUCUACCGGACUCUGUGUCCAUCGUGCUUUACUAUUUAAAAUUUUGGCAGACAUAGUUAACUUACCUUGCCGAAUCGUCAAGGGAUGCAAAUAUUGUAGUAGCGAUGCUGGUGCCUCCUGCCUUGUACAAUUCGGUUCUGAAAAGGAAUAUUUGGUUGACUUGCUCCAGAUGCCAGGAGUAUUAAGCCAGCCUGACUCUUCACUUAACAGUGCAUUGUCUACACUAGUUUCAUCCCCACUAUGUCAUCCAAAAUUUAAAUCGGUCAAGACCAUGCUGGACUUUCAGACACUGGCUAGACUUUAUUUCUUUGACUGCCAAUCACUUGCUCAUGCAUUUGAUGACGUUUCUUCAGGUACUGCUAAAAAUACAGAUGAGAAGGAAGGUCCAAGGAUAACUGAAGGCUUUAAUAUGAAUUACUUUAGAAGGAACAAUGCUGUGCCCUCUUCUUUUAACAAGCAUAAAUCAUCUGCAUCACCUUUGCUCCAAAGAUCUGCUUGGAAUGCCACCAAUUCUAGGGAUCAUCAGAGGCUAGUCUUUUCUGAUCCAUUUCCAAAUAUUAUGGACUCGACAUUCUUGGUCCAAGAUUUUAUUCAGCCACGUCACAUCCGACCGUCUUAUAAUAGAGAUGCUCCCCCUGUUUUCUCUAAUCACGUGCAUGAUACAUCAAGUCGCGAAUUCUAUCUUGGUAAGGACACUGAGGAGGAUUCAAACAUCCAAUGGAAUGAACUUGUUUUAAUGAAGAAAAUUGGAUCAGGCUCUUUUGGAACUGUCUAUCAUGCUAAGUGGUGUGGUUCUGAUGUUGCUGUCAAAAUUCUCAAGGAACAAGAUUUUCAUGCAAGUAACUUCAGAGAAUUUCUUAAGGAGGUCAAUAUAAUGAAACGGUUGCAGCAUCCUAACAUUGUUAGCUUUCUUGGUGCUAUUAUUCAGCCCCCAAACUUGUCCAUAGUUACAGAAUACUUAUCAAACGGCUGCUUGUAUAAAGUUCUACGGAUGCCUGAUGCUGCAGUCAUACUAGAUGAAAGGCUCCGGUUGAAUAUGGCUUAUGACGUGGCAAAUGGGAUGAAUUAUCUUCAUCAACUUAAACCUCCCAUAGUCCAUCGAGAUCUGAAGUCACCAAAUCUUUUAGUUGACAGUACAUAUACAGUAAAAGUGUGUGAUUUUGGCCUUUCCCGCUCAAAGGUGAACACAUUUCUUUCCUCCAAAACUGCCGCAGGCACACCCGAGUGGAUGGCACCUGAAGUUCUCCUUGAUGAGCCAUCGAAUGAGAAAUCUGAUGUUUAUAGCUUCGGUGUGAUCCUGUGGGAACUGAUGACCCUGCGGCAGCCAUGGUGCAAUUUAAGUGCGGCACAGGUUGUAGCAGCAGUUGGUUUCAACAACAGGAGGCUUGAAAUUCCCCCCCAUGUAAAUCCUCAAGUAGCCGCUUUAAUUGAGAUCUGCUGGGCCAAGGAACCAUAUCGACGACCCUCGUUUGCAUAUGUCAUGGAAGUCUUGCAGCAUUUGAUAUUUAAUUCCACACAUUGACCGACCCGGUUAACAUAUGAUAAGAACCAGAGGCUGAUGGUCUAUAGUAGGAGGAAUAAACGUCAGUGAUUAGUGCUGACGUGGAUUGGUUUGCUGAAUAAACUUGUUGAGGAAGUUUGUAUCUUUCACCUGCAUUGUGUUCACCGAUGGAAUCCCAACUAUGGAAUUCAUGGAAAGUUCCAUGGGCCCCUCCCCCUGCUCUGCUGCUGACUCCCGAGGCUCCUCCUCAACUACGGCGUCAACACCGUCCCCAACAACAUACAAUUUGACUUGUCAGCGCCACCAAGAACAGUUGGUUUAUAAGCUUUAUUUAUUUAUGUUUGUAUAGUUUGAACUAACUUACCAAAAAAAUAGUUGUCAAUUAUGUCACUUGACUUGCAAAACCUAAACGUGUAUGUAGCAAUGAAACUACUUGAAAGCAUAGUUUGAUGUCUUCGCGUUCUCUUUGAGUUCGUUUCUGGCUUA